UUUGCAUUUCAAAUGAAGAUGCUGUGCUGCUCACAUUUAUGAAGUUGCAGCACAACCUCACAUUUUCAGUUUUAGGUGUGCUCUUUGGUGUUCACCGCACCACUGCAGCCGACAUCUUUAAAGUAAGCGUGACUGUCCUUGCAGCAAUACUGCGCAAGGCAGUAUAUUGGCCUACAAAAGAAGCUGUCAUUGACAAUUUGACUGUAUACUUUAAAGAUUACACCACUGUUCGGGCAGUACUUGACUGUACUGAGAUUCCACUACAAAGGCCCAAGGACAUGGAAUCUCAGUUGCUGACAUAUAGUUGGUAUAAGGGCACAUAUACAGCUAAAAUUCUUGUCUGUGAGACUCCAGGAGGACUCAUCAGCUAUGUCAGCCAAGCCUACGGAGGAAGGGCAUCCGAUUCCUUCAUAACUAAAGAAUCUAAAGUGCUGGAGAAGUUCCUACCUUCCAUAGACAGUGUUAUGGUAGAUAAGGGUUUUCUGAUUGACAAAUUAUGCCUUGAACAUCACGUUACAAUGGUACGUCCACCUUUCUUAAGGAACAAAAAGCAGCUUUCAAAAGGUGAUGCCGAAAGGAAUCAAAACAUUGCUGCAGCACGAGUUCACGUGGAAAGGGCAAUCCAACGAAUGAAAUUAUUCAAGAUUUUGGAUGGAAACAUAGGAAUAGAGCUUUUUCCUUUUAUUGAUGACAUUGUGCAGAUCAUAGCUGGAAUUGUUAACCUUUCUAGGCCAAUCUUCAAUGAUGACAAGUUUUUAAAUUAGGAAAUUAUUUUUUAAGAUAGCAGAAUGCACAACAGAGAAGCCACAUAAACAAGCUGUCAUUUAUUUUUGGUCAUUAUUCGCACUGUACAGAGAAUCUGUAGAUGCCCAUGUUCUUACAUUUGCAAACAGUGGUUUAAAUGUAAACACAAACAUGCAUGAAAACACUUUUUCAAUGUAAAAAUGCUACCUAUCCAACCAUUUUGUUGCAGAUUACUCAUGAUGGAGCUCAAUAGUGC